AUGAAACAGUGUGUACUUAUCUUAUUAUCAUCGUGUGUGACACAAGGUAUUGGAUGGUUGUUUGGGCCAUUUAUUUCAUUUGUGAGUCCAACCGGUGGAGACGUUUUAGAAUGGUUUUUCAUUAUAUUUAAUGGAUUGGAAGGUGUUUGGUCUAUAAGUCUAUAUAUAAUAAUUCAAUUACAAGGAAUGGAAGAACAGAAACGUGUUACAGCUGUUGCCGAACUUACUAAAACAACGAGUAGUAAAACAAGCGAAGGCGGAAAAUCUUAUGAAAAAAAUUUACGAAGAAGUAAUACUGAGCGACAAAACACUGGAAUAGGAAAACGAAAUGUACGUAGAGAAUCAGUACGUAUGUUCGACGAUCUCGGUGAAAGAAUAUCUAUUGAUUGGCAGGAGAAUAAAAAUGGUAGUUCAUCGUUGUAA